AUGGCCGGCGAAGUUGAGUCCCAGAAUGAAUACCUUGACGAGAAUGGGCUCCCAGGCCCAGGAGCACCCACCCCGCUCUCGGCGCUGGAGGGUGUUGCAGGUUUGACAGGAAGAGACAUCAAGCUGUUCGUCGAUGCGGGCUACCACACCGUUGAAUCAAUCGCAUAUACGCCGAAACGUUUGUUGGAACAAAUCAAGGGUAUCUCGGAGCAAAAGGCUACUAAAAUCCUCGUCGAAGCUGCCAAACUUGUCCCCAUGGGAUUUACAACCGCAACUGAGAUGCACGCCCGACGAAGCGAGCUUAUUUCGAUCACGACCGGAUCCAAACAACUGGACACACUCUUGGGAGGUGGGAUAGAAACGGGCUCCAUCACCGAGAUCUUCGGAGAGUUCAGAACAGGGAAGAGUCAAAUAUGCCAUACAAUUGCAGUCACCUGCCAAUUACCGUUCGACAUGGGAGGUGGUGAGGGUAAAUGCCUGUAUAUCGAUACCGAGGGAACAUUCCGGCCCGUGCGGUUGUUGGCCGUCGCUCAACGGUUUGGAUUGGUUGGAGAGGAGGUUCUUGAUAACGUCGCCUAUGCCCGAGCAUAUAACUCAGACCACCAGCUUCAGCUCUUGAACCAAGCGUCUCAGAUGAUGUGCGAGACACGCUUUUCGCUCCUUGUCGUCGACUCCGCUACCUCGCUAUACCGUACCGAUUUCAACGGCCGUGGAGAGUUGUCGUCUCGACAGACUCACCUAGCUAAAUUCAUGCGCACGCUGCAACGACUAGCAGACGAGUUUGGCAUUGCUGUUGUCAUCACAAACCAGGUUGUUGCUCAGGUUGACGGCGGCCCGAGUGCGAUGUUCAACCCCGAUCCCAAGAAACCGAUUGGUGGUAACAUCAUUGCGCAUGCUAGUACGACUCGAUUAAGCUUGAAGAAGGGGAGAGGUGAGACGCGAGUUUGCAAGAUUUACGACAGUCCAUGCUUGCCUGAGAGUGAUGCUCUCUUCGCUAUCAACGAGGACGGUAUUGGAGAUCCUAGCCCGAAGGACUUGGAGAAUGAAUAG